CGUCUACACUUUGAUCUUGUUCAUUGCAUUCUUCACUUUUGUUGCAGAGAUUACUAAUGGAGAGGUUAUAGCUAAUGUGACAGUUGCUGCUGAUGGAAGUGGAAAGUAUAAGACAGUAAUGGAAGCAGUAAAUGCAGCACCGGAUAAUAGCAUGACACGGUAUGUAAUAUCUAUAAAGAAAGGAGUUUACAAAGAAAAGGUUUUUAUCAAUGAAAAAAAGUGGAAUAUCACUAUGAUUGGAGAAGGUAUGGGAGCCACAGUCAUAACUGAUAACAUGAGUUGUGGUCAAAAUAAAUCAUUUGAAUGUACUUACGACUCAGCUACCUUUACUGUCUUUGGUCCAAGAUUCAUAGCACAGGAUAUUUCUUUCAUGAACACUGCUGGUCCAGAAAAUAAUCAAGCAUUGGCACUCAAAUCUGACUCCGACUUCUCUGCCUUUUAUAGAGUUGAGAUUUCUGGUUAUCAAGAUAGUUUAUGUGUCAACAUAAAUCGUCAAUUUUAUAGAGAGUGUAAAAUCAGUGGCACAGUUGACUUUAUUUUUGGAUAUGGCACUGCAGUGUUUCAAAAUUGUUCAAUAUUAGUAAAAAAAGGGAUAUCGGGACAAGAAAAUACAAUCACUGCUCAAGGAGGAUACAAAGGAACACCAAGUGGAUUUUCGUUUCAAUUUUGCAACAUUUUAGCAGAUGAUGAUCUUUUACCCUUAAUCAAUUCAACCUCAACAUAUUUGGGUAGACCAUGGAAGCCAAAUGCUAGAACAAUUUUCAUGCAAUCAGACAUAAGCAAUGUGUUGAAUCCAAAAGGAUGGUUAGAGUGGGUAGGUGCCCCCGAAUAUUUAGAUACAUUAUUUUUUGCGGAAUAUAAUAAUUAUGGGCCAGGAGCUAACACCGAAAAUCGAGUGAAAUGGUCAGGCUACCAUUUGUUGAAUUUUGAUCAGGCUAGUAAUUUUACAGUGGCAAACUUUAUUUUAGGAGAUCAAUGGUUACCUUCAACGGGAAUACCGUUUACUAGUGGAUUAAAAUAA